AAGCGCAGGCUAGAAAAAUAAAAACGCAAAAAAGCAAAAGCGCGCCAGACGCGCCAAGCCGAUCCGCAUGCUAUGGGCCCGAUUUUUCUUCGCUUUUUGGGCGCCCCCCGCGGCACUCGGAUCGGCCCCAUAGCAUGGGAGCUAGCUUUCGGAAAGGAAUGUCGGGAAUUUGGAUUUGCCAAAAUUUGCGACGUUUACCAAGCGGCCGCCAUACCGUGCGGCCUAACGUUACUCGUGGCGGUAUGGCGAGCCCAGAAAAAGCAAAGCCGCGGCCAAGGCGACGGCCGGCAAGAAAACGCCCACGACCUCACUACCUCCGCCCCGGCG